AUGCUAAGUCGUUUAUUUGAAGAUUGGGAAAAGAAAUUGUGUGAUAUUUACCAGCAAGACAUCACAUUGACUUAUUUCAUAGGUGAUCAAUUCUGGCAAAUCGAAGAUUAUAUCUAUAAUCGAUCAUCAUUUUCUCAUUCAGGUUAUCAUCUUCUCAAGUUCAUUGAUAUUGAACCGAAUUCAUUACCUCAGCCAUGUGAACAACGACAAGAAUUUGAAAAUCGAUUAAAAAAUCUUACACGUUGGUUUCCACGACAGCAAAUAUUCCCGUUUCGAGAAGAAAAAGAUCCUGGAAUAAAAAAAUGUCUUCUUAUUGAAACAAACAACGAAGAAAUACUUUGA